AUGCCCCGACCCAAGUCCUUCCUCAAGGAAUCAAAAAAGAAAAAGACGGCUCAACGGACGCCUAGAUCCGCCGAUGAAUUCCUAGCAGCUGGCGUUGAGCUCGAAGAAGCUGGCGAGAAAUGGCGCGCCGGCGACGCCACCAAGUCGAUGCGUUUCUUCAUGCGCGCAAUUGCCCUGUACGAUGAGGGGUUGCAGGCAUUCCCGACUGCUUUUGAUCUGGCUUACAACAAAGCUCGCGUCCAAUAUGAAACAACCCAGCAUCCCAAACUGGUCACGCAGCUGUCGGCGCCUCUGGCGGACGUACUGCGGAUAACCCUGCAGUCACACCGGGAUGCACUGGCCCUGGACCAGGACAACGCGGAUGUUCUGUUCAAUACCGCGCAGGUGCUGACUAGUCUGGCGGAGGCGACCACGGACACGAAACACCCCGCGGACGACCAACUCGCGCAAGCAAUCCAGUUUCUACAGGAAGCCAUUGAAUUGUUCCAGCGGUGUCUGUUGCUGCAGGAGCUGCGGUACACCGAGUCACAGGAGCAGAUCAGGUUGAUGGAGGCUGAGAUGAGCGGCCAGCUCCAGGAACAGGAACAUAAACAAGAGCAAGAAAUCGAACACGAAAAUGAACAGGAACAGGAACAGGAACAGUGGGCCGCGAUUGUCGAACCGGUGACCAAAAACACUCUGGUAGACACCGCUGUGGCACAACUCGAAACCCUGACCACGCUGUGCAAUCUGCUCGUUUUUACCCCUGGCGUGGGGCUUGCGUGGGUCGAAGAGUACUCGACGGACCUGUACCGGGCCAAAAUUGCGGCGUACGCGCAGGGUUCCGACAGAAAUUAUGAGGCGGCCGUAGCGCACGCCAAAUUCACCUGCGCGCUCAGCGAGGUGCUCUACCGCAGCGGCCGGAUCGAGAUCGACACCUACCACCGGGAGAUCGGCCGGGCGUUUGGUGCGGAGCUGGACCUGUCCGCCGACCCGGAUGCGCUCUGUAGCAAAGGCGAGGCUUUGGCCUCGUUCAAUACGGCGGUGGCUGACCUGCCUCCCGCACACGAUGCGGACGCCCUCAGUAACUCCUUGGCGCUGCGCUGGCAGGCGUUAUCGCUAGCGCUGGACGCCCUGACGGCUGCGACCAAGCUGCCUGACGUGGAGAACCUGCCCAAGAUCCAUAUCGGCCGGGGUGACGCGGAAUUGGGCCGCUGGAGACUAGGCGCCGAGCCCUGGAACUACUCGAUGGCCAAGGAGAAUGCUGCUGUGCUGCUCAAGAACGCACAGACAUACUACCGCGGCGCUGCGGCCCUGGCGCGACGUGACGGGGCCGUCGAGGAAGAGAAAGAGGGAACAUGCAAGGAGGCGAUCGCUGCAGCGCUGGGACAGGACACCGCGAAGCUUGAACAGCUGAAGAUGGGUGCGCCCCAGGAAUUAUCGGCCGUGGCCGAAGAUAUGAUUGACGACGGCCUGGUCCCGCCGAUCAUCAUGCAGGAGUUGUCGUGA